CAUAUCAAUCCAUCCAUCCAAUCGAAUGGACCUGUCACCUCCAUGGAUGUGGUCGAACUUUUGAGUGUGUUAUCUUGGUGUUAUUCAAGGUGUGAGUGGUAACUUUGGUCGUGACAGCUGCGCAAUGUGAAGCCGCGACAUCUUUUAGGUGAAACGCGCGUAAUAAUGGCCUUCUCGAUACUUCAUAGCCUCCUAACUAGAGGAGGCGUUGGUGCAAUGGACGGCAUUCUGACACAGACUAGUGCAUCGACGGAUGUGAAACCGAGUGUUGAAGACUUGGUUGACGAAAAUCAUUAUGUGGAUGAAGUUGCGCUAGACGUGAAGCCUGCUGUUGAUCGCGGACAUUGUGCGAACGAUGUUACGACGGACGUGAAGCCGAACAUUGACCAUGGGCAUUAUGCGAAUGAAUUUACGUCGGACGUGAAGCCGAGUGUUGAUCACGAACAUUAUGCGAAGGAAGUUACGGUGGACUUGAAGCCGUUAGUUGAUCACGGACAUUAUGCGAAUGAAGUUAUGGCAUUAAUGGACAACAAGCCGAGUGUUGAUCAUGGGCUCCAUGGGAAUGAAGUUACGGAGGACGUGGAUCCGUCUCUUGAUCACGGACACUAUGCCAAUGAAGUUACAGUGGACUUGAAGCCGAUUGUUGAUCACAGGCAUAAUGCGAAUGAAGUUAUGGCAUUAGUAGUUGAGAAGACGAGUGUUGAUGAUGGACAUGAUGCGAAUACAGUUACUCUCUGUGAAGGUUCUGUUUCUGCGAAAUCCCGUGACCAGUACCAUUUGCUUGUGUCUGUAGAAGAUGGACUGCAUUCCUGCCGGCAGUGUGCCUAUACGACCACGGAUAAAGGACACAUGAAUGUGCACAUUCGCCGGCACACAGGGGAGCGUCCCUUCCAGUGUCACCUUUGCCCGGCUACUUUUGUUGUGAAAGUUCGCCUCAAAGAGCACAUUCGCACCCAUACCGGAGAGCGUCCCUUCUCCUGCACCCAGUGCAAUUCGUUUUUUACACAGAAACAGAGCCUGAGGAAACAUCUGCGCACCCACACAGGAGAGCGUCCCUUUUGCUGUGUUCACUGCAGUAAAUCCUUUCCACAGAAAUAUAACCUGAAGCAGCACAUGCGCACCCACAUUAUGGAGCAACCCUUUUUUUGUCGCCAGUGCAAUGCAUCCUUCACAUCCAGAUUCCAAGUCAAGCAACAUAUGCGCACCCAUACAGGAGAGCGUUCUUUCUCUUGUCUCUACUGCAAUGCAUCGUUUUCACAAAAGUCUAACCUCAAGGGACACGUACGCAUCCACACUGGAGAGCGCCCAUUUUCCUGCGACCAAUGUGAUGCAGCCUUUGCGCAGAGGUGCAGCCUCGUGCGGCACACGCGCACCCACACCGGUGAACGUCCCUUUUCCUGUGACCACUGUGAUGCCUCUUUUUCCCAGAAAAGCAACCUCAAGAAACACGUGCGCAUCCACACGGGAGAGCGCCCUUACUCUUGUGUUCACUGUGAUGCAUCCUUUAGACGGAAAAUCAACCUCACAGACCACAUAAAUACCCACACAGGAGAGCGUCCGUAUUCUUGUACCCAUUGCAAUGAAUCUUUUUCAAAUAGAAGUGCUCUCAGUCGCCACAUCUCCGGACUUCAUCCCAAUGAAGCCAAGAAGGGCAGGGGUGCCAGUGUUUCUAAUGUGGAGGUUACACAACUGAUUCGUUCUGUUAAAAGGGUAUUGGUGGACGAGAAGCCGAGUGUUUUUGAUGGACUUGAUGCGAAUAACGUUACGGAGGACGUCGAUCCGUGUGUUGAUUACGGACACUAUGCGAGUGAAGUAAUUACUGCGGACUUGAAGCCGAAUGGUGAUCACAGGCAUUAUGCAAAUGAAGUUACGGCAUUGGUGGACGAGAAACCCAGUGUUGAUGAUGGACUUGAUGUGAAUGAAGUUACGGUGGGCGUGGAUCCGUGUGUUGAUCACGAACAUUAUGCCAAUGAAGUAAUUACUGCAGACUUGAAGCCGAAUGGUGAUCACAGGCAUUAUGCAAACGAAGUUACGGCGUUGGUGGACGAGAAGCCCAGUGUUGAUGAUGAACAUGAUGCGAAUACAGUUACUUUCUGUGAAGGUUCCGUUUCUGAGGAACCCCGUGACCAGUACCAUUCGCUCGUGUCUGUAGAAGAUGGACUGCAUUCCUGCCGGCAGUGUGCUUAUACGACCAGGAUUAAGGGAAACAUGAAAAUGCACCUUCGCCGGCACACAGGGGAGCAUCUCUUCCAGUGUCACCUUUGCCCGGCUACAUUUGUUGUGAAUGUCCGUCUCAAACAGCACAUUCGCACUCAUACAGGAGAGCGUCCUUUCUCCUGCACCCAGUGCAAUGCGUCCUUUUCACUGAGACACAGCCUUACGAAACACCUGCGCACCCACACAGGAGAGUGUCCCUUUUCCUGCGUUCACUGCAAUGCAUCCUUCACAUCCAGCAGCAAACUCAAGCAACAUAUGCGCAUCCACACAGGAGAGCGUCCUUUCUCCUGUCUCUACUGCGAUGCAUCCUAUGCACGAAAGUCUGACCUCAGGGGCCACAUGCGCAUCCACACAGGAUUGCGUCCGUUUUCCUGUGACCACUGUGAUGCAGCCUUUGCGCAGAGACGCAUGCUCGUGCAGCACAUGCGCACCCACUCAGGCGAACGUCGCUUUUCUUGUGGCUACUGCAAUGCAUCCUUCUCAACCAGAAGCAACAUGACGCGACAUUUGCGCACCCACACAGGUGAGCGACCCUUUUCCUGUGGCCACUGUGAUGCAUCCUUUUCACAGAAGCACACCCUCAGGGUUCACAUGCGCACCCACACAGGAGAGCGUCCAUUUUCCUGUGAACACUGUGAUGCGUCAUUUGCGGGAAAACGCAGCCUCACCGAGCACAUGCAUACCCACACAGGAGAGCGUCCAUAUUCCUGCAUCUACUGCAAUGCAUCCUUUUCACAGAAAAGCACCCUCAGUCGCCAUAUCUCAGGAGUUCAUCCCACUGAAGCCCAGGUGGGCUGGGGUGUCAGUGCUUCAAAUCUGCAGGUUACAUGACUGAUUUAUUCUGCUAGAAGGUGACCUUUUACAAAACCCUUUACUGACGUGUGUUGUGAAUUCGGGACAUACCAGAAAGCUCUUAGCAAGCAAGUCACGAAAUGUGUCCCACCUUUAACGCCGGUUAUGAAGUACUCACAAGGAAUGUUGCUUACAGUAGGAAAUAUCUAGUACUGUGUUGUGUAAAAAAUUCUAUGCGUAAAGCAGGUGUUGUGUAGCUGAUGGUGAAAAGCAUGAUGCAUGUGCAACAUCUGUCACUUCAUUUCUUCUAACCUGAUUGACGUAACUUCAGUCUUCUAUGAUUUUUUCUGGCGUCUACGCACUAAAGAGGUGGCACAUGACAUGCUACGAAGUUCUUGAGUACGUUUUUGUUGCAAGAUCUUCGCUCUUGUGGCGUGUCACAAAUUUGUAACAUGUCUAUAUGCAUGCAUUCUAGUUAAAUUUUUAUAUAAUGUAACUACAGAAACAAGGCUGGUAUAUAAAGUUGGAAAAUGAAUUUUUUUCGUCGGUUUCAUAAUGCAUCCAAUAAAGGGUUAAUGUGCCUAAAGUUUUCAGAUCUCUUGGCUGUUGAAUUCAGAGAGAAAUCAUUAUCCAUAAGAAUGUCUUAGGUGCCUUCAGAUGACAUUGCAGAUAUUCCAGGAAGUUGAAGGUUUGGUUUGCCAUGAAAGUGGAUUAUGUGAAAGUUUCCAGUGCUGUGGUGUUAAGCACUGAAAAAUAAGUAAUUACCUUGCUUAUGAAAUAG